AUGAAAUAAUAAUAUAGUGUGAUAUUACCAAUUAGUGCUGAAGUAAACUUUUUGCUCAUCCUAUUUAGAGUUUCUAAAAGGGAAGCAAAUUUGUAGACUAUUUGAUUGACUUCGAUCUGAGUAAGCAAAAUUAGUAAAAGGUUGAAUUGGUAUCAUAAGUAUGAAAUUGAUAUUGAGUAAGUCACCAAUCGUCAAAAUGUACAUCCUCUCCAAUUACUUACCAGAGUUCAUGGUGAAAUUGACAAAUCAGAAGUAGAUUCAAAUUCAGGAACGCAAGACCUCGUUUGAAAAUUGUGAACAGAGAAUAUUCAAUGUGGUUCAAUUUUCGGGAAUUGAGGUGGCCGUAAUUGCUAAAGUAAGUCCAAGUCCAAAUAGAGCUGCUCAAGUGAUCGAUGUGGUUGCAGAAGAAUUGGAUUACUUUAAGGGAUACGAGAAGGAUGUCGAGAGAAAAUUGAGAGACAACUUUGGUAUCUUGGAGAAGAAUAAUUGGUAACGAUUCUGUCCCAACAUUGUUGCUGUUAACUUGAAUGUUGAAAUCAAUAUCUAUCAAUAUGGUGACGAGUCAAAUGUAAUUGCAUAAUUCUUAACAGAAAUAAUAAGAAAAUACAUAUUGUACUUCUACAAGUCCAUUCUACUCACUUACAAUGUUUGGUAGAGCAUGAAUGACUCUGAAUUGUUUAGAAUGAAUAAAUAAGUUCUAUUGCAGUAACAAGAGGUCAAAUUGAAUCUCUUUCAAUAAAUAACCUCACUCAAAGAUUUACAAAAGACCUCCUAUAAAGAGUAAUAUAUUAUCAUUCAACAUCUAGAUUAAAGAAGAAGUACUUCAAACACUACCCCAAUCUGUCCUAAUCCACUUUUUCCACUCCCGUCAAAUAAUCUUAGGUUAGUCUAACAAGUUCAUAAACACCCACUAAAGCUCCCUAAAUUUAGCGCAAAAAGGCAGGGAUGAUUUUGAAACGAGGAGAUGGACCCAUAGACUACAAUUGGAAUCAGAGGUAUUUGGUUUUGGAUGGACAAACCUUGAUAUACUUUAAGGAUAGAAAUGAUAAGGUACCCAGAGGUGCCAUCAAUCUAAGGGAAGCCUACAUCUCUCCUAUGUCCACUUUGGAUGACAGAGAACAUUGCUUCUAUAUUGAAGUGGAGGCUCAGAAUAAUAAACAAUUCUAUUUCAGUGGGGAGACUCUGGAUGAAACUGAACAAUGGCGUGAAGAGAUCUCCCAAGCCACAACAGCAGUAGUAUAAGCAGAAAAACGACCGUCCUUUGUAGUCACUAACACCUACUUAUUGACUGACACUCUCCCUUAGGAAUUAUCGAAACAUAAAAUAUUGACAAUGCUUGAUGAUUUACAACAACAAUGGCAAUUUCGCAAAUUUAGAAAUGGAGUCAAAAUCUACGAGAGUCCAAUCCAAAAUAAAAACAGCUUGAAUUGGAAGCUGUAUCUACUUCUGAGUAUUGCAUUCGGCAUUAGUGUCUAUUUGAAACCCAAUUGGUUACCAUUUUUAAUGGCUUUUCUGGUUGCAGGCUUGUCUGCCUCCUACUUCAAUAAGCAAAAGGCGUAGACCAUACGAGUUUAUGGGAGAAUGGUUUGUGACAUAGAUUCAACAAAAGCCUUUAGAAUAAUUAAGAACUUGAAGUUUAAAAAGGUCUUGGAUAGCAAUUUUGUCUAGAUUAAUAAAACAAAGGAUCACAACGAAUUAGAAUUUACUGUAAAUUUGUUAAUUUAUAUUAGAAAAGAGCUAAGGUUCAUUUCAUAAUACAUCCCAUUAGACAAAAAUAAGUAGUAUCAAAACCAGUCAUAAUUCAAAUGAACCUACUGAGAUACCGAUUCAUUAUUAACAAUGGCAGCUCCUUCAUUGUUGAUAUCUUGACUUCUGAGAACAAUAAGUUUAACAUGUUCGAAGCAUAUGAAAUUCAAAGGAUUCCCAAGGUUUCAGGCAAAGGACUAAUUAAUUAUUAUUGCGAGAUCACAUGUUCCAAAAUCACAACCGAAUUGGUAAUUAGUAUCAUUAAUUACAUUAGGAAAAAUACUUAUACAACAAAGCAGAGAACUUAAGUUUGAUUUCAUAAACCAUUGAUGAAGAAAGAUUUCAUUAAUUCCAACAAUCCAUCGUAAGUGAACUCUCAUCGACUUAUAUUAAACAGAAAUCCAAGUCUAUUGUAGGAUUUGAUGAAUAAAUAAAUUCUAUCACUUUAUUGAAGAAUGGAUAACAACUAAAAAGUAAAAGACUGGAAGAACGAGUUCCAGGAUAUAGAAGAUUUAAAGAGGGAGGAAUUGAAUGUUUCAACAAGGAGGAAAUUAAGGCAUAGGAUGGAUUGGUAUUAGAUUUAAUGAGAUCGGCAGGCAGAUAACUAUUUGAGGGUCGAAAUAUCAUUUCAUUCUCACUCCCUGUCCGUAUUUUUGAGCCUAGAUCGAUGAUUGAAAGGAUAUGUGACUACUGGGGUUUUAUGCCUAUUUACAUGGAGUAUGCUUUAGGAUAACAGGAUGAGAAAGAGAGGUUUAAACUUGUUGUCACAAUGAUAAUAGCUGGACUGUACAAUGGAGGCAGACAGAAGAAACCAUUUAAUCCUAUUUUAGGUGAAACAUUCUAAGGUUCAUGGUAAGAUGGGUCAUCAAUCUCCAUUGAACAUACUAGUCACCAUCCUCCUAUUUCACAUUUCUAUAUUGAGCAUUUCAGGAAGAAAUAUAGAUUUUAUGGUCACUUUGAGUAUUAGGCUGCUUUAAGAUAUAAUGCUGUUAUUGGUCAUUAAGUAGGGGAGAAUGCUGUGGAAUUCAGUGAUGGAUAAAGAAUUGCAUUUAGUAUGCCUCCCGCUAAAGUCAGUGGUUUAAUUUACGGUGCUAGAUUGUUGGAAUGGUAUGGCAGUAUCAAGUUCGUUGAUUAGAAGAAUGACAUGGUUUGUGAUAUCAAGUUUUCUGAGGGUGCAGGUAUGUUAAUUGGUAGAAAUUAGAAGCCCACUGAUUACUUCGAGUAUUUAAUUUAUAUUUCAUCUUUAGGGGGACUCUGUUUUAGCAUAAUAGAGUAAUAUCCAAGGUUGAAGGUUCUUGGCUGGAAUCUAUUAGUUGGGAUGGAAUCAAAUAUUGGGACUUGGAAAAGAUAGAUCCGGCCUACAUCAUCAAAAGUGAAUCCCCAUUGCCCAGUGAUUGCAGAUUCAGAACCGACCUUAUUGAAUUGUCGAAUCAUAAUUUAGAUGGAGCAUAAGAGUAUAUGCAUUAACUCUAACGUAUAGGGAAAAAACUAGACUUGAAAUCAUCUAGAGAAGAGACAGAAAGCUAAGAUAGGAUUAUAAAAAUAGCAAACAGAAAUGA